UUGUGCAACGAUUGAUCCGUCGCAAGCGUUCCCUCACAGCUGUGUGACGUUGCAGGUUCCUUCUAUCGUCAUCACAAAUUGUUUCACUGUUUUCGUUUCCUUCGUCAAACUCGUACGGACGAGUAUUCCGCUGAAUCAAUACCUCGUUGGUUUCAGAGACAGCCACCUUCGGAUCUGAGACGAGCGAGACCAGAACGUUUCGCUUCCUUUGAUUUUGUCUUCCGCUUCGUACUUUCCUAUUCUCAGCUUCCACAUUUUCUUCUUCUUCGCAUUCUUUUUGUUGGGAGUUUCGUUCCUCUGCGUCUGACCAGUGAUUCGCUACAAUGAGGAAGAAGCUCGACACCCGUUUCCCCGCUGCUCGGAUAAAGAAGAUAAUGCAAGCAGAUGAGGAUGUCGGAAAGAUAGCAUUGGCAGUUCCUGUUUUAGUAUCUAAAGCUCUGGAGUUAUUCUUGCAAGAUCUCUGUGACCGCACUUAUGAAAUAACUCUUCAGAGAGGAGCAAAAACCAUGAAUGCAUUGCAUUUGAAACAUUGUGUACAAAGCUAUAACGUCUUCGACUUUCUGAGAGACAUUGUCAGCAGGGUUCCUGACUAUGGGCAUGGACAUGGCCAUUCCGAGGCCGGAGCCGAUGACCGUGCCCUUUCAAAGAGAAGGAAAGCUGCUGGUGUUGAGGGCAAUGAGAGUGAUGAAGAGGCCAAGAGGAGUAAGAUGCGCGAGUUGGGCCACGCCGGCACUCCUGGUAGAGGAAGAGGCCGAGGAAGAGGAAGAGGCCGUGGCCGAGGGGCUCGACCGGUUGAAAGAGACAUCAGUGAUCAGCAGGUUGAAUCUGAGCCUUGCUCCUCUAUUCAACAAAUUAGCAAUGAUAUUCCUAACACAAGUCUGCCAAUAGAUAAUGGUGUGCAAUCCAAGGAGGAUUCAAAGGAGACUUCUGCAGUUCAUGAGGAAAGUGCUCAAUCUUUCCGUAACAUUGAUCUGAAUGCUAACAUAAACGAAAAUGAAGACAAAAAUGCUGGUGCAGCUGUUGAAGCUUCAUUGCCUGAGCCUUCUGACAUGGACAUUAAACAUGAAGUUCCAGGUUGGUCCCUAUCCGAUGUCGACAAGAUGGCCAUUGACACUAUGCAAUUGGCAACCCUUGGAAGUAGACUAGAAGAGGAUGAUGAAGAUUAUGAUGAGGAAGGGUGAAUAACAUGCACCAUUUGAAGAAUAACCACUUACUACUACAACUAUGAUCACUAUCUUCUAGUAAUCACUGUAUGUGUCCCAUGCUAAUGUGAUGAUGACCCCUUUAUGAUGAUCCUUCUCUUUUUCUGUUCUGGUAUGUAUCUGAUCUCGUGUAGCAGAUGUAGAUUUUUUUUUUCUUAAUUGUAAUGCUAGCAUCAUCAUGCACUUUUAGGAUUUAAAUGAAUGUUCUUAGUUGACAACCACAGUGCUAGUUCAGGAUCAAACACUUGGUAUAUCUGAGUUAGUAGUUGAUUUCUUUAUGUUGGAUUGUUCAAGAUAUUUGUUAACUGAUAGAAUAGUUUUCUAGUUUUUGUUCUUCAAUUGGAGAGAAGUAUCUCAAUGGAUGUCAACUACAUCAAAAAGCAAUGAAAGAGUCAUAAUUAUCAAAUUGCUGGAGAAUAUUAAUUUUACUUUGGGUA